GUCUUUCAAAAGAAAAUAAUAAUAAACUGAAGGAGGGCUGUUAUCGGCGGUCGUGUUGAGCAGCCGCAGGCGUCUCUACUGCAGCGAGGAGUAGAAGCUCACGAGAGUCACAAGCUCACCUCGCCUUCUGUUAGGGGUCACAGAAAAUAGGCCAAUUUUUGUAAGCGGUUAAGGUAUUGUCCGAAACCACUUCGGCAGCCCCCUCCUAUAUCACUGUUGCUGCUCCCCACAGUUCAAAUCCCUAUCAUGACUUCAACCCGAAAAUUGAACUGAAAAUUCCCAUUAAUUAUAGCAGAGCAAAUAACCCACAUAUCUCCUCUCUGGAUUUCAACAUGCCCGAGCCAAUUUCUAUACUGAACAAUUCCUUGGCCCGAAAUGCCAUCUCUUCUUCCACCUCCCCGCCAAUUUUAAUUGAUGGGCGUGAGGAAGAUGUGGUUCUGGCUCGAUCCAAAGUCUUGCAUCGGAUGGAGGUUUUGCGGCGACGCUCUCGUCGAAUCAAGCAGCUUUCACGGAUAUAUCGGGACUACUACUGGGCUUUGAUGGAGGAGGUGAAGCUCAAGUACAGAGAUUACUAUUGGGAGUAUGGAAAAAGCCCUUUUGAAGAAGACAGCGAAGAGAAUAACAUAUCCAACGCAAACCAUGUUGAUUCUGCCCUGGGAACUGGGGAGAACCCAAACUGCAAUACUCUUAUCAGUAACAAUGGUAGCAAUAAGUGCGGGGUAUGUAAUUGCAAGUCGAAAGCCAUGGCUUUGACAAGGUUCUGUCAUAUGCAUAUCCUAUCAGACCCCAGGCAGAAGCUCUACAAGCCUUGCAGUUAUGCGAUCAAAAGUUCUCCAACAGGGCCCAUACUGUGUGGGAAGCCAGUUUUGAGAUCCAUGGUUCCUUGUCUCUGCAGUCCCCAUCUAGAGAAGGCGGACAAAUAUGCAACCCGGGCUUUGAAGAAGGCUGGCCUGAAUAUAUCUUCGACCAGUAAGCUCGCCCCCAAGUUUCAAGUCAUAGUCGCCGAGUAUGUCAACCAAAUUCAGAACAGGAGAAGAGCAUUGAAGGUUGCUUCUGAGAACUCGGAAACCAAGGAGGACAACUGCGCUUGAACGCGUCGGUUACUCCCGGGAACUAGGACUGUAUAUUUCUCAAAAAAAGAAAAAAAAAAAAAGGCAUAUAAAACACUUGUGCCCGAGGUUUUUUUUUUUUUUUUUGGGGUGCAAAAAUGUACCUUGGAGUUGAUUUCUGUUGUUUUUCUUUAA